UCAAAAAAAUUUCUUACUCUCUUCUGUUCAUUUUUGAACUGAAAAUAAUGGCAAUUGGGCAGUUCAAAGAUGUUGAAGAAGGAGAAAUAAAUAAUAAUAAUCUUGAAGAUUUAGGAAAACCAUUAUUAAUUAAUGAAGAGAAAUUAGGUGUUUCUUUGAAAAAUGAUGACAUUUUUGGUAAUUAUGAGGAGAAUGGAUCCAUGAAGAUGGUUCUGCUUAGCACAUUUGUUGCUGUCUGUGGUUCUUUUGAAUUUGGAUCUUGUGUGGGAUAUUCAGCACCGAGUCAAUCUGCAAUAAUGGAAGAACUCGGUCUGAGUACAGCUCAGUACUCCAUGUUUGGCUCCAUACUAACCAUUGGUGCAAUGCUGGGUGCUAUUACCAGCGGCAGGAUUUCAGACUAUAUUGGCAGAAAAGGGGCCAUGAGGAUGUCAGCUGUAUUCUGCAUCACAGGGUGGCUGGCGGUCUUUUUCUCUCGAGAAUGUUUGUCUCUUGAAAUGGGAAGGUUUUUCACUGGCUACGGAAUUGGAGUUUUGUCUUUUGUGGUGCCAAUUUACAUAGCAGAAAUAGCCCCAAAGGAUCUACGUGGGGGGCUUACCACAUUAAAUCAGUUGAUGAUCGUUACUGGUGCAUCUACAGCAUUCUUAGUAGGAAGUGUUAUAUCAUGGAGAAUGCUGGCUCUAACUGGUCUUGUUCCCUGCAUUUUCCUGCUUAUUGGUUUGCUCUUUGUUCCUGAGUCUCCUAGAUGGCUGGCAAAAGUUGGCAGAGAAAAAGAGUUCCAAGUUGCAUUACAAAAACUUAGAGGCAGAGAGGCUGAUGUUACGCAUGAAGCGGCUGAAAUUCAAGAAUAUAUUCAAUCUUCUCAGUACCUUCCUAAAGCGAGAUUUCUUGAUUUAUUUACGAGGCAGUACAUUCGUUUCGUGUUCAUUGGAGUUGCAAUAAUGAUAUGCCAGCAGUUUACAGGAAUUAAUGGGAUUGGAUUUUAUGUCAGUCAAACAUUUGUAUCAGCUGGAUUUUCAUCCGGCACAAUUGGCACAAUAGCUUAUGCUUGUAUUCAGGUUCCGGUAACUGCAGUAGGAGCAUUAUUAAUGGACAAAUCCGGGAGAAAACCGCUGAUGAUGGUUUCUGCAGCUGGCAUUUUUCUAGGCUGCUUCCUAACUGGAUUUUCUUUCUUGCUCAAAGAACAUAAUUUGUUUCUUGGAUACGUACCGAUAAUUGCUGUUUCAGGAGUGCUGGUAUAUAUAUCAGCCUUCUCAAUUGGAAUGGGGGCAGUUCCAUGGUUGAUAAUGUCUGAGAUCUUACCGAUAAAUAUAAAGGGAGUUGCUGGAAGCUUGGUGGUGUUGGUGAACUGGUUAGGUGCUUGGCUAGUUUCUUACACUUUCAACUUUCUUGCAACAUGGAGCGCCGCCGGUACAUUCUUUCUGUAUGCUGGAUUCUCAUUGCUGAGUAUCUUAUUUGUCGCCAAGUUUGUACCGGAAACGAAAGGAAAGACCCUUGAAGAGAUUCAAGAAUCUAUCAAUUCAUAGGAAGGAACAUUUUUGUGAGAAUUUUGAAAUUUUGAAGCGAAUGCAGAAGGUCCGAUCUUAAACAGCAGCAAGAAAUUGCAGAAUCGUACUGCAUCUGCAUCGACGCGCCAUUUUGUUGAUAUUUUUUUGUGCUUGGGAGAGGCUAUAAGGCCUUUUCUAUCUUCAUAUUGAAGAGAGGUCAUGUGUAUUUUAAAUUUUGUUUGCUAGCUAUUCAUUUAGUAGGCAAGUGAUGCAAAUAAUCCAGUCAAUGAAAAAAGAAAUUUUAAGCCUAGCUAGUUGAAGUGCAAGCUUAAAUUUCACUUGUUGCUUAAAGAAUUAGAAAUGUUCAUCCCGAAUUUUAACUUGAUUCAA